AUCUGGCAGCACAGCGUACCAUGAUCCUCUGGCAGGGAGCAGACCUCGCGGAGGAGAGCAGCGCCACACUCCGGGGGAGAGACACCGAGCCCAUGCUGGAUUCUGACAACAACAGGAGCGCCUCCGGACACGGGACCAGAAGCAGGACCGCGACCCCCCAGGUCCGGCAGCGUGGCCCCAGCCUGCUGCUGUGAGAUGGGUGGCACCACGGGGGACUUGCCCUGCCGGCCGCUACCGCAGGAGGGAACGCCACAGGACGUCCCGGGCAAAGCACCCGAGGCUGCGUGCACGCUGGAGCGGCUGGCGCAGGCCACGGGCGGCACGGAGAAGUCCUGGUACCGCUGCGUGUUCCCCUUCGGGGUCAUCUCGCUGGUGAUCGGGGCGGCGGGCACCGCUGUCACCUUCACUUUCAACAACCUGCCACAGACCAAGGUGGUGUCGCUGGUGUUGCUGGGGGUGGGCCUCGUGCUGGUGCUGCUGGCGGCCGCCUGCUGGAGGAUUCACAAGAUGAAGCGACGGAAAAAGAAGGACGGCGGCUCCUUCAGCUCCGAGCAGUGCCCCCUGUGAGCAGUGGGCCGGCGCACGCACAGAUGUACGCUCCGGCGCCACCUGCCUCCGGACGGCAGGUGAGAGCAGCUGGUGCAGCCGUGGAGCUGAGAAGGUUCCCGAUGAAUUUCGAGCAGCGGACUCUGCCGGGCCGGGAGCUGACAGCCGCAGCGAGGGAUGGACGCGUACGCCGGCUCACAGCCACAGACAGAUACACGCACCGAAAGUUCACACGCACUCACAGUCACGACCCAUACACAUACGGCGCGGCAUAAACGCACGGUGUCGGUGCCAUCGUGGGCGAAGGUGCGUCUUGGGGAGUGAGUGCUGGAGUCAGUGUCACCGUGAGUGGCUCCCUGGGACGUGCCCAUGCAUUGCAUUCUGUGACAGCAGAAAAACAUCAGACUCACACACGUGCACACACACACGCUGGUGGAAUGAGCUCGCCCUCAACUUUGCAAAGUGAGGAUUACCCUGACUGCUCGCUUUCUUCGCUCCUCGGGAUUAUUUUCGGCGCUGUUCCGCUUCCUGUUUUGACUCGUGACUCAAAGCUGCCGGAAUCUGCUUUUCGUCCGCGGUGGGGAAGGAGCGGGAGCGCGGCGCGGGAGAGCUUCUCCCAGACGUGACCCCCGGCCUCCGGCAAACUCUCUGCUCAAGGGUGCCGGGGCAUCAGCUGCCCUCUUUGGCUGGCAGCCGGUGAGCAGGCACCACUGGGGGAGUGGAACUGAGCUGGGGAAGAGAGCACGUGUCUAUCUGUGUUUCAAUGUGUAUUGUGCUCCGGGGCUGAGAGGAGAUUGCGAGGGCGGGUGGGCGGACUGCCUGACGAGCAUCACAGCGGAGGCAGAGAAACUGGAAGUGGAGGAGGAGGAAGGUGCUGACUGGGAUAUGUGCGGUCGGAGUGAUGCUAGAUCAUCUCUACAGGCCCAGGAGACAGAGACAGAGCCAGAACUGGAGUUGAUGCCAUUGUGAGUGAAGGUGUGUCUUGGGGAGUGAGUGCCUGGAGUCAGUGCCACUGUGAGUGAAGAUACCUCUCAGCGAUGGAACCAUGCUGUUCUCAGUCAAGGCAUCGCGGAGGGAAUCGGUGACAGAGCCGCUGUACGAUGGUGUCAGAAAGGGGAUGAGCACUGGACUCAGAGAAGGUGUUUGUUGUAGCAACAGUCCUGGUGUCACUGACAGUAUCAAUACUGGGAGCAGAAGCCUAGCGUGUGUGUGUGUGUGUGUGUGUUUGUUCAUACUUGUAUCUGCUGUAUAUGUGUGUGUAUGAACGAAGGAGAGCUAAUUACCGUCAGGCUUUGAUCCGUACUGGUGUGGGUGUAUUCUUAACAGCCGGCACAGCGGAGCAGAUUGUGUGUGUUCACCCUGGAGUUUCCUCCGAUGAGACAAAAGCCACAUUUUCACCAAGAAUUGCCGCCCCUCUGAAGAAGCACUCGUCUCGAACCCCCAGACACAACCAUCAACAUGGUGAUCCAGCCUGCAUUUGCGCUCUCUUUUAUAUACUUAAUUAUGUAUGCGCAUAUUUAUACUUGUGUACAUGUGCAUAAUCGAUUCCUGUUCUUCUUCUGCCGAUGUGUCUGUGUGAACGCUCUGCAUCUGAACACUCAGAGGAGCAAGCGCCAUCACGCCUCCUGCCGAUGACUCCGCGAAAGGCCACAAAAGGAGGGCCUUGACCGUCACGUGUCCCGCUCACCGGUGUCACGCGUCCGAACGUGGUGGCGCGGUGUCCCUGCACAUCAUCGGCAUCACACACGUGUACGCCGUCUGCUGUGAAACACGGCUUUUCAGUCUCACGCAGACCAAUAUGGCCCAUAUUAUCAUACCUCGUCCACUGUAAUUACUCAUGUACUUGUUUGUUCUAAUGUUCAUUCUGCUUUAUUAAUGAAAGGUGGUCGAAGUUCUACAUAUGGACAAUGUACUUGAAGUCGAAGACUGAGCGACGUUGACGUGAUAAUGCAAAGUGGCACCUUUUCGCACGAAGGCUGAAGCAAACUGCAUGAUUUAUAACGACUUUGCUCCAUUUCUUUCACGUUAUGCAGUCUUAGGAGAAGAUUGCAAAUACACUUCUUUGUAUCGAUGUUUCAUACGUAUUUCUUUUUCGUUUACCUAACGUCAUACUUCACUGUACUUUUUUUUGAUAUUCAACCAGAUUGCUGGUGGAUGCUUUGGAGGUAUGUAGAUUCUCUACAGGGCCAUUAAAGAACCAAUGGAAUGGG